CUUUGGCUCGCAGACUGUAUAAAGAUUUUUUUCGUUACUGUUUUUUUAAGAGGUUAAGCCGCAAACAAAACAAAAUAUGCAUAAGCCCCGCCCAGGCAUGACGUACACAGACUGGGCGGGGCCUAUUCAUAAUUGAAUAACUUAAUUUACGCACCAUGAAGUAUUAUUAAUGUUGUUAUUUGCUUUCUUUGGGGGGUUUGGUUUGAAGCCUCCGCCUCUCUUCCCUGGUCUGUCAUCCACACCGCUGUUGUUGCAGCCAUUUUACCGUGGAGCGUCGGCGCAGCGGCAACCGGAGGAUGCCGAGACACCCCCGUUAAAAGGAUUAGAAACAUGGCUGACACGUCACGAGGUCCCGUGAUCGGUCGGCCAUUGGCGUUCACCAACGAGGAGCGGAGGGCUGUCCACUCCUGGUCCCGGAUCUCAUCCGCAGGACACAAUGUCCUCUUGGACGCCCUGAAGAUCCUUAGCCCGGUGUCCCACGACAUUUCCAGCACCGAGGAACUUGUCACCUUCCUGCAGGAGUUGAGCGAGGAGGGCCACAAGCCCACCGUGCUGCGCAGCAAGGACGUGUACGGUUACCGCUCCUGCUUAAACCAGCCCCUGACGCAGGACAUGCUGAAGCCAGCUAGCAGGAACACCAAACCCACUGCCAAGAGAAGGGGCAAAAGACAUCUACCCAAGAAGAGGGAAGUGCACCCGUCCUGGAACCCCUCUGAGAGGAGCAACCCCAGGAUUCAAGGAGUACGGCCUCCAGAGCUGUUGGUGGACCAUCGGACCAUCAUCUGCAGCAGGACACCUAGUCACACAAUAGAGGAUGCGCAGUCGCAGGCGAAUGUGCAGCCAUGCCUCAGACUGACCAACAUUGAAGGUCUAUCUGGCUUCCACACAGCCAGACUCCAGAUCCACACUACCUGGGACUCAUCUGUGGAGGAACCAUCCAUCGAUUUUUCUCCGCAAAAGCACCCUCCCACUCUUUCAGGAAUACCUUUGCAGCCUUCUCAGAACGGUGGGGGGGCGCCCACCAAAGCAGUGGCCUUGUUCAGUCAGAAGAGCCUGUCCUGCCCCGUCCGAUUCGACGGCGCCCUCAUCGGAGAUUCUGCCCCGGUCUUCUACGCUAACGGUCGGGCGUUCCCACAGACUCACACGGAGUUGACCAGCAACGGCUGGAGGGGCAACGGCCUCCACAGAGACGUUCAGGGUCCCAAGGAACUGAACAACCAGACCCGGCAGAGAAAUAACUGGAAGGACAAGAAGGGUUUUAGGUGGAAAGUAAUAAAGGUGGAUGACUCUCGCUCUGUGGCGGAGGCCUGCAGGAAAGCGCAGAAGAUCCUGCAGGUCAAUCUUUCUCCAGUGAUUCAGAUCCAACCUCUCAACCACGUCCUGAGGGACUUCAGAUUCAAGUGACAAGUGAUAGUCCCUCCCAAACACACAGGUUUCCUUUUAGCAGAUGUUCGUGUGACGCAUGUCAUCAUCUUCCACCUGGCUGAGUCUCUGUGUUCAUAGCAGAUGUCUUAUUUGGGUUUCUGUGAUUGCUGCUGCGUGCUGGAGAUAGAAAUUAGUCUUGUUCAUGGACGUUCUGGUUCCUGACAGGGCGCCUCCAAAUGAAAUACAUUUGAAGUUAGGUGUUGCUUUCCUUAGCAGAGUGGGAAUGACUAUUGGCCAAAAUGCUGGUACAUUGUGCUGGUUAACUUAUACUACGCUUACUGCAACAUCACUCUACUCUAAGUUGUCUAGAUGCUAAGUGAGACAGAGCAUUCACUGUGUUCACUAAGGGGUAGACGGUUCCCUCUUUGCCUAACGAAGUGCAGGCAUGUUUGGGUUGCAGUUGUUUCAAGAGUAUUUAAAACCAAUUUGAAGUGGAGCAAAUAUAAGUAUUUUUUAUUUUAAACAGCACACUCACUCGUGUGUUGUUGUGCGACAACAGCAUCCCGUUGGAUGUCUGGGUGACGACUAGUUUCCGGUGUCAAGCAGAUGUGGCGGUUGGUUGGUUGGUUUCAGCAAAAGAAGAGGAAAAAAUGAAGGGAAAGGUGUUCAGUUUGUCUUCCUUUUUUUUUUGUUUUUAAGUAUUUUUGUGUUGAAAUCCGAGAAGGUUCUGUGAGCAAGAGCAGAGGGGAAUCAAAUAUGACCCACAAAGAGAUAAAUUAGUUCUUCACAAAAGAGGGAUAAGAUGUAUUACAGAAAUCAAAUUUGAAUUGUGAGAAACAUCUCACAAUUCCAUGAAUUCUGACGUCAGUUUUCUCACAGUUGAUCUCGGACUCAUGUUUUGGCGAAUAUAAUUUGAGAAUAUAUCCUUGUAGUUGCCAUCAUCAUCAGGACUUAAAGAUCUUUCACAGGGGAUCGAAAAGUAAAACGCGCGUCCUUUUAUCUGCUGGUUUAAUUCUACCCGAUAUGUUUUUGUCAUUAUUAUUAAUUUUUUCCUCCACGUAGAGAAUGAAAAUCUGUCAAGUGUUAACAGUCCUGGUUUGACACGUUUGUUUAUCUGACUUAAACACAGAUUGAUGGGAAUUUGUCAAGCUACAGGGCAUUCCCUCGGCUUUGUUGAGGUCACGAGUUGCAUCCCCCCAAUAUUAUCUGUAUAGUUUCUUGAACAUCUCAGUUAGAUGAAACUCAGUCAUCUCGAUUGUUUCCUGUUACUGAACUCAAACGUCCUUCAUGUAGUUUUGUUCUGAAGUUUAGAAAAUAUUUGAAACAUUUACGAAUUUCUUUGAAUCCACACUGGUUUUUGCUAAAGGUGCUAAUUUUGCCAAGUUGGUGCUGAAUCAAAAAAAAUGGCAAAUGAAAAGACUAGUUUAGUUUGGUGCAUUUAAGAAUAGUGACUUCCUGUGAGGGAGUGAUGGCGCUGCUGUUCCCUGCAGGUUUGGUUGAGCACGCCAUGUCUGUGCUUUCCAAAAAACAAAACAAAACAAAAAAAACUCCUGUUAGGAACCACCUGAAUCCAUUUUCACGCUCAGCAAAACCAUAUUCCAUGGCACAAUCAUUCAGAAAUUAUCACUGAACAUCUUUGGUUCGUUGUCUACUCCUUGGCUUUUAGUGAUCUCAAGAUAAUUAACAACAGAGACGGUCAGUGGACAGAGUUAAUUUUUAAAAUAAUAAACUGCAUUUCUGUUUUGUUUAAAUAAAAAAAAAAAAAAGGAUAAAUAUUGACUGAUUUGAUCUCCAGAUGUCUUGAGGUAAAAAAACAAAGCCACUCUUGCAACAGUAAAGGAAGACAAUGUUUCAAAACUGUAAACAAUUACAUUUUAAACUGGAUUUACUAAAACAUCUGCUUCAUGUUUAAAUGCUGUGAGUCUGUAAAGGGGCGCAUGGAGAACAGAACCAGUGAGACCAGUUUGAGCAGUGGAUGAUGAGCUUUUCCACGUCUCUGCUCUGGUGACAUUUGCAUUUUGAAAAGGUCUGUUUCCGUGCGCCCCCCCCAUCUGUCUCUGCACACAGUCAUGUUCAAGCCCUUUUUCUAGAUCCUCUUUCUGUUAGUCUUGUUUGUGCAACACUUGUAUAAUAUUGUAUUUCCUACAUGAUCUUUGAAAACAUUUUUGUUCAAUAAAACCGAUUUGAAAACAA